CGAGUUCGACAAAAUUGCAUAUGGCGCAAGGAAGCAACUUUUAGCGAUUUUUCUUGACUUUUUCUCGAAUUGCUAGUGGUCUGGAGAUAGUUGAAUUGUAAAUAGUGUUGAAAAAGUAUCAUUGAUUGAAUGUGAAUGAGAGUUUUCGUGAAAAAUAUGAUGGGAAAGGGGUGUUGUAUGUGAAAAUAGGGUGGAAGUGGUGCAUGAGAGUGGCCCUUGGACUUGGCGUAUUCAGAGAAAACGGCCAUUUUGUCGAUCAACCUCCCAAUCCACCAUCUUGAUUUUCGCCCAAGCGUCUGGAAAUCUUCUCGGGAAAGGAUCUCUAAGGACAUCCUUGUUGCAUUGGAGUUUCUCGAGGCUGAGUAGGCUGCGGAAAGAUGGGAUUGACAAAGUGGAUGGAGAAGAGAUGUGCCAGUCUCUCUAAGCGUUUUGGGAUCUCUGAGAAUGUGAUUGUGGCCAGGUGUGAGAGGGAGUACCGGAAGCGCAUAAAAAAGCAUCGGAAUUAUCUUCUGGAAUGGAAAAGCUUCUUUGUGAAUUGUCGCGUAGUUGUUAAAGUGACGCCUUACAAGAAAUUCAAGCAAAAGGACAGAGCCCUCCAUCGGCAUUUCAACUGGGCCACAAUUCUCUGGCACAAGUUUAACGGACUAGAAUUGCAGGUUAAUGAUUAUCUUGCCAAAAAGAGACAAAAAGCCAUGGCCAGGAAGCAGAUGAAGCGUAAGAGGAAGAAGCCUGUUGAAAAAUCCCCACAGAAGGAACUCCCGAUGGUGAUUCUCGAUGGAGACAGCGAUGUUGAAUUGAUUGAAGAACGUCCUGUUAUUAACCUGGAGAGUGAUGAAGAGGAAAAAUCUGAACCAGCUGAACCGUCAUUUCCCAAGAUUGUCAGUGUAGCUUCAGCAGGAACAGUUGUGGACACAAUCUCCAAUGUUGUAACAGAUCCUGUUCCGGAAGAUGUUCCCAAGGAUAUGGAAAUGGGAAUAAUUGAUGAGCUGAAGCCUACAAAUGAUGAAUUGGAGAGAGCUAGAGCUAUCUUUUCAUCUCUAGCCAAGGAAAAUGAGGGAGAAACAGCUAAUGAUGAUAUUCACUCAGCCCUUUAUUCCCUAGACGACAGCUUUGGCGAAUCCGACGGCAAUAAAUCCAACAGUCACGGUAAUAGGACAUUCUUGGACUCUCUAGCAGGAAAACUUGGUGUUGAGACGGAUAACACAGCCAAGCAGGCUAGGAAUGAGAGAUCCUUCGAUGACUGCUACCAGGAACUAGAAAAGACUUUCCUGAAAGUCAAUCAAGUGGCGUCAAAGUUCGAAAAUACCGUGGUUAAGGAUGAGGAUACAUCGUCAAGUACAGAAUUCUACGGAUUCAAUGAGAAUGAUACUCAGACUCCGGGACUCCUGCCGACUCCUGUUGUCCGUCAAGCAGGAUCCAAUUCGGCGUUUGUCAGUGAAAAGUGUGACAAGUUGAUGGAGAAACUAGGACCGAUCAAUGUAGACAAGAUCGCGAAGAACAAGCCCAAGAAAAGGCAAGUUACUGACGAAGGAAGAAUAAAUAGGCAUUCCCAGCCUCCGAAUCUGGAAUGUCCUGAACUUCCGUCUGAUAUGAAGCCUCGGACUCUGGCUGAGAAGAAGCAGUUGCUUAGGCUGAAGCCCGUUGGGUACCAAGUGAUGGAUCAGGAGAACAGUGUCUAUCAAUUGCUGAAGAAACGCAUAAAGGAUCUACCUAGUGAGAGUUUAUUUGAGCAAGCGAACAGAAUCAUGCGCCAGCCAGUGCCAAUGAGGCGGAAUGUUUGGAAGACGGCUACGUGGUUAAAUACUCGCCAGGAUCACUACAUCUAUCGUUAUGUCAAGUACCAGGGGAAGGAAAUCAAGUUGUUCGGUUGUGUGGGGAAUUUCAGGAAGAAGCAUGUUUCUAAUUUUAACUUUAAGCUGCCACCGAGAUAUUUUGUUCCAGCUCGAAAGAUGCCCUGCUGCAGGAUUUUAGGCUAUCCCAAACAUAUUAAGUUUAACAAUAUCCUCCGGGAAUUUAGGGAGAGGGAGUUGGCUAUUGAAGAGAUUCCGAUGAAAGUAGCAGAAUUUCCUGAAACAUCAUCAUCACAACCUGUGUCUCCGAUCAAGAGAAAAUGGAAUCUGAUUGAAUCGAGGAAAGUUCCAACAGGACCACUCUGCACAAAAAUCAAGAAUGUGGAAAAGAAUGAAAAUCUUUCUCCCUUGGAGACUUACAUUCUUCCCCGGAUAUUCCUUCAGGUCUCCCCUAAGAUCAAUCAACAGUUUCCGCUGAAAGUCAAACGGUAUCUCAAUGAAAUGUGUCCCUAUGAGCAACUUACAGACAAAUGGAUAAGCUUUGCCCUGUCGACUCUCAAGAAUGCUCCAAAACUUCAGGAACCAAUUGAAUUUGAGAUUCCCUACGAAAAUGAUCGCCGGAAGAUUCUGGUGAGUCGGGAUCAUGGAGCUGGGAAGAAAAGGGAGAGAACUACUGAAGUGUUCAAUGACGAAGAGCCUCUGACGUUCAAUCAGAAUCUCCCGGAAGACAAAGUAACUGGAGAAUGUGCAGGAAUUCUUGAAGAGAUGAUCAACAGCGUGGCUAUUGGGAUGAGCGAGGAUGAUUUCUCUAAAUUCGAUCCAGACUUGGACUACAGCCAGAGGGAAUCCAGGAAGAGGGGAAUGAGUUCUGGAAAGGAUGACUGUCCGAGUUUCAAGAAGCCUCGAUCAAGCAAUUCACUCCUGAUGGAAUUGAAACGGCUGAAUGCGACAAUUAUCAACACGGAAAACAUCACCAGUCAAAAACAAUGCAAUCAAGAGCAUUGCAAAAUGGGAUGCCUCUGCGACAGUAUCUCGUCUCUAUCUUAUCCCAUUGGCCACUGUGAGAAGGUCAAAUGCAUGUUUGAGUGCGUUUGCAACAAGGGUUUGGUCAUCAACAAUUCGGCUGUUAAUCCGUUCAGCAAGGAAGUGUUUAGGAUGCGUGACAAGGCGAUUUCGAGACUAGCUCAGGCUGAGAAGGACUUUACAUCAACUGUUGUUCUUACCAACAACAACACCUUCCUGCUUAGCAACAGUUCGGAGGAGAAGAGUAAACGCAACAGGACUGUUCCUAGAAAAUUUGGGGACUACGUGAGGACGGAAGUUCAAGAAGAUGUAAAUGAAUGGCGUGAAAAUGAUAGUUCAGUCAAGUUCAAUUUGGGUAAAAAGGGGCAUCAGUCAUUGAUGUCAUCAAGAGCAGUGCAUCCACAAAUUGAGGGAAUGAGGCAUGUUAGUGUUACUCUGGUGCCAAUUGGGAAGAUUGUGGAUUACAUGGAAACAUGGUGUAUGGUCCAUGAGCUCUAUAGGUGUUUCUGUAAUGGAGAAGCUGUGACGGGAAAACCUUUUGUGCUGGAGAAGAUUUCGGACAAUUGUAUUGCAUUGUCAGAGGAAUUGGUGGCAAAACCGGGAAAUUAUCGGACUUCUUCACACAAAACGAAGAUUUUUUUAGAACCGGAUGCACCAAGACCCAGAGAACUUUCUUUUGUUGCUGCAUCUUCACCGGAGAAGACUAUUGCGGAGCCAGUGCAGCCAAAAUCUGGGAGUAGCUAUUGGAAACCACCUAAUGAUCCGGAGGAAGAGAUGAUAAAUGAAUUUCUGAAGAAUGUAAAAAAUGCCAGAAGAAGGAUCUACAAGAGAGGAGAACUUGAUCGUCAUAUGCUAAAAGGAACGUCAGCGAGGUGCAUUGCUUUUGAUAAAUCUACGCAACAUGCUCUUAAUAGGUUAAAUGCACCAAGAGUGAAGAAAUUCAUUUCAACUAUGGAGAGAACUCCAAAGAUCCUGACACUUUUGAGGCGAAGAUAUGUGGAAUCGGUGUGUAAGUCAAAGAAGGAACUGUUGGAUCAGCUGAAAUGCCAGAAACCGCAGAUACUUCAGGAAAGGACUCCUGAGAGGAAGAAGGAAGAAGCGGCGAGGAGCAGUGAAACGAGAACUAUUGAGGAGUAUUCAGUUUUUGAUGAACCAGAGCAAAUUGACCAACCACAUUCAACUCCAGCAUGGAAGGAGAAUGAAAACAUGCGGAAUACAGAACAACCAGGAUUUCCGGUCAUAGCUUCGGUUACAUCCUUGGGAGCAGCUACGUCAAUGGUUAGUGAAGCUUCAUCUUCGGGAAAUUCAACACCGAGACUUUCAGUUCACGAAGAUGAUGUUCGAAAGACUCUCCUAGAUAAGUUGAAUCUCAUGGUUUCGCGCAUGAUGACAACAAUUUCGAAGAAUGAGGAAAAAGCUUAUCUGGAUGCACCUCAAGUCAACAAGAUUACGACAUUCCGCUGGGUGAAUUUGCUGAAGGAGUAUCGAGCUUUUAGGCUUCAUUUGUGGGAAGUUCACUAUCCAAAGCAGAACUACGUAAUUAUUACCAGGGAAAACAGGCCACCGACUAUGCCCGAAGGAUAUACCGAAAUUAUUGAGUUGCGAAAAUCCAAGAAAGCCCCAAAUACUUAUUUUGCCUGCAUGAUUACUAUUUCGUACAAUGUGAAUUCCAUAACGAAUCUCGCAGCUUUGCUUUUUGGUCAUACGGAUUAUUGGCAGGUGAUGGGAUUCAUGAAGAAAGGCAUUGAAAAUUCCCAAGAAAGCAUGAAAUUUCUUUCAGUGUCCAAAGAAACACAUCCAGGAGUUGCUGACAAAAUCACAAAACUCUACGAUAUCCUUCUGGCAAAGGUUAAAGCUACGACCAAUGUAUCACCACCACCCGUCAAAAGCAAUGUCAAGUUGAUGACAAAGGAAGAAGUGAAGAAGGCCAGCUUGCUCAAAUUUCCACUACCCAGUGAACUCGGUCAAAGGUGGUUUAUGCUAUUGAUUGCCAAUGACUUUUCCGAUAUUUCACAUCCAAAAUGGGGACAGAUGCUAUCAUAUGAUCGCAUAAGUUAUGCCAUUUCGAUGUCAGCAAUUAAUGGAAGGACUGUCCAGGUUAAGAGUAACAAUUCAAUGAGUCUUAAUCCUAGCGUCUACGUGGCUCCUGGUCAGAGUGAUAAGAUCUUCAUUGGACCGUAUGAAUUUGAUGAAGAAUGCAAUAUUGUUCUGUAUCAGAGACUCGAUGGAAAUAUCCUUCUGAGGGAAGAUUAUGAGAAAUUGACCAAAGUUCAGAGGAAAAAUUCUACAAUGGGUUGUUGGAUACAAUUGAAACCCGGUCAGAGAGGUGGUGGUACUCCUGAGGUGAACCGUGAAAUUGUAAUUUCCAAUCCACAAACGCCAGAAGUGAAGGAUACAACAUCACAACCUUCAACUGAGGAGAAACAAGAUGAAGAUUGUGUUGUUGUUGAAGCAGAUCCCAAGGAAAUUAGAGAAGCAGAAGAUGCUCAUGAAGCUGAAACAGCUGUCAAUGCUAUCCUUCCUGGUGGCUUAAAAUUACCCACAGAAGAACCGAAGAAACCCAUGCCGAAUCCAGUUGAGAAAGAAGUUCAAAGUUCAACAGUGGAGGAACCUCAAACUGUUCAAGCUAAAGAACUUCCAUCACUUCCAAUGGACAUAGUGAGGAUUCAAAAGCUUGCGGAGGAAUCUUUGAGAAAAUCAAUAGAAUCGAAGAUAAAUUCCCGCAAAAGGAAAUCUAGUUUAGAACCAGUGAUUGAUGAUCUGUCAAAAUUCAAAAUCAAAGAUCUCACAAUAUUUCCACUGAGUGACAAUGAAGAAUCAUCGGAUUGGGAUGGUAGUAAUUCAUCAGGAAUCCCACCGUCAAUUACUAUUUUGCCAAUGGAAACAGAAAAUAGUCUCGAGAAAGCUCCUGAUAUGAGUUUCCCCGUUAUUUCAAAAGUUGAAAGUUUGGGUGAGGCAGAGAAAACGGCACAAGUGAAGCAACCACAGCAAUCUCUUCUGAAAUCCAAUCAAAGUCUCUCACAGUCACCAAAUUCAACACAAAAUGACGAUUCAGAAGAUCAGAAAACUUCUAAUAAGGCUCAAACGCCAUUUGAACAGAUUUUUGCUGAGUAUCUCGAGACGAAAACCGACUAUCCUCUUCCCGUUAUUCCGCAAGUUGUUCCAUAUGUGCCCCAGAAAAUCUACAAGAGGCGCAAAACAAUUUGUUGUACUGAUUCGGGUAUGGACAGAACUAUACCGACUCCAUCACCAAAAUUGACUUUUGAGCAGUCCAACCCGAAGAAAGUGGUAGAAAUGACACAGGAAAAUUCUGUGAAGGAUAAGGACUCCAUCAAAAUUGUAAGCAUUAGUUGUGGUCCUACGUCAACUGUGGAAACUGUUGUUGUAAGGAGUGAGAUUGCGAGGGUGGUUGAAAAAAAUACCCCAGAACCUAUUAGACGAACUGUAAGUGUCUCGUCUAGUUUUGAUAAUAUACCGAAUCAACUUGCUACUAAGGUAGCAUUUACGACGUCUGGAAAGAAGGUUAUCAUUCAACCGUUUAAGCAAUCUUCUUCUGUUGGUGGAAGAAAAAGUUCACCACCUCCUUUGACCAAGAGGACAUCGCCACCAGUUUUAACUAAGAGAACUUCACCGCCUCCUUUGACAACUGUUGCGAAAAAACCGAGAGUAAGUGAACAAGGAGAAUGGUUAGAAAUUUCUGGCGUUGCACAGAAAUCUACAACAUCAACCACAGCAAGUGGUACACUUCAGAGUUCUCUGACUAAUCUUCAGGAGAAUUUGAUGGUGUCGCUGAAGUCAAUGCCGAAUUGUGUGACUGUUGGGCAAACGGUGCUGCAAAAAGUGUGCGGAACAACAUCUACAACAACUGCAACUAAGAAUGUUGUCGUAACUACAUCAACUGCAAGUACAAGUAUCACAACUAAAACUCCAAUGCAAAUUGUCAAUAGUGUAACACUUGGGCAGACAGUUCUUCAGAAGAUGCACACAAAAACAUCUGCUGCAACUGCAGCUGUUAACACAAGUGCAAAGAAUGUCACUGGACCUUCAACGUUAACAACAAGCAUUACAGCAAAACCCAUUCCAAUAGUCGUUAACAAUGGGAUGGGUAAUCAAAUGAUGAAGGUGAGAAUUAAUGGUCCUACAUCAAGCAACACUGUGAUUUUGCCCAAGAAUGCCAUUAUGACAACGCCCAAAACCUCACCAAUUGCUGUUCCAAGGAUAGUUGCAACAACAUCUGCAGAACCUGUCCCAGGAACAUCGAAAACUACUCCAUUGGUUGCAGCGACUACGUCUUCUGUGAAACCACCUCUCUUGAUCACCCACCCGGAUGGGAAUAAGACAGUGACUUUCACAAGGACAACAGCCGACGGCAAGGACAUUAAGUAUGUGUUGCCGGUGACCAAAGUUUCUUCAUCUGCCAUCAAAAUUGUGCCAGCAUCACAAAAGACACCUUUAGCGAUUGCAACGGUUCCUCACAUUACGAAAAAAGCAACAAUUGGAUCAAAAACUAUCACUCUUGUUCAAGGAACAUCAAUUCCUUCUACGAGCACUGCAAUUGUGUCAACAGUUGAAAAUCCAGUUCCUAGUGGUUCAAUAAAGAGCGAUGUGAUUGAAUUGUCAGACGAAGAAGAUUCGAAUGGACAAAAGAUUGUCCAGAUCAAACCACAUUCAACUACAACUAAUACCACUAUCAGUGCACAGAUUCUCAAGGAUAUUAUGAAGACGAAUGAAAUAGCCGGCUGGGUUGUGUCAAAUAUACCGCAACUAGGGUAUAUUCAGGCACGCAAAACUGACAACAUGAUGUACUACUACAUCGAGCUGCCAACACGGAAACACCCAUUCAAAGUCGGCUGCAAUUGUCUCGAUCGCUAUCUGGAUCGCUACAUGAAAUACUGCGUGGCGCUGUUUCUGCCACAAGAUUUAACUGUGAAGUGGGACUUCAUCGCAAGUGAAGGUCAGCAAAAGACUCCAGGAGAAAAGUUUUCGCUGCAGGCGACUAAGAAUAAAGAACGGUUGGUUCUUACGCCUUACGGUGUAAUGGAUAUGCAGAAUCCCAUUGAGCAGGAUGUUGUGAAGGAUCCUGCUAUCUAUAUGCAGUUGCUUCUAUUGCAUCUUUCAUACAUUUGCGUGAACGGAAUCAAACCUGCGAAGGGCAUUGAAGUUGUUGAGAUGGCUACUGAUAUUAUUAAAGAUCUCAAAAUGUGUAAUGCCGAUCUUCAGAGGACAGCUCUAAAGUUGAGACAGCAGAAGCGGGAAAUGAGAUUAAAGUUACUGAAUGGAAACAUCAAUUCAUCAGCAUCACCCGAUGAAAGGACCCAAUAAUCGUAAGACUUAAAGGAUUGUUUGGAAGUUAUUUUCGUUAUAGAAAACUCUUAAGAUAUCGCAAUAAAUUCUCCAAGUAUUGAAAAAAAAAGAAA